AUGUCGUCGAAAGUGAAGUCCAGCUUCAGCAGAAGCAGUAACGAUGCGUCCGAGGGGGACGAUAAAAAUGGGGACGCCGUGGCGCUGCCGGAAAACAUAAGCAUGAAAAAGGUGCGGGCGGUGCUAUACGAUGAGGCAAUCACAUAUAGCGAAAAUAACACCUAUUAUAAAAUGUCAAAUGUGUAUAACUGUAACACUAUGGAUUCGUAUAUCGAUUAUGUGAAGAGGUCUAAUUACACAAGGAGUUAUGAACAGGAGAUGAUUUACAAUGAGGCCCUGAGUUUGUAUAACAACAGAAACAAGUACAUCAGGAAGAGAUACCAAAAUGACUUUUACGUAAACCUAAAGAGGGAGUUGAGGAGGGAGAAAUACUUUGGAGAUGACAAUGAUGAUCUGCAGGGGGGAACAGACCUUUGUGUGGGGGAAACAACACCCGAACCGAUAAACUACACACAAGAAAGAAACCUAAACGAGUACCUCUACAGGGAAAGGAAAAAGGAACAAGUCACCCUGUUUAGAAAGAAGUAUAUGGAGAUGUUUUCGGAGGGGAGGUCCAUUAUGAAGGGGCCCAGGGAUAUACAUCAGUUUCAGCAGCAUCAGCAGUUUCAGCAGCAUCAGCCGCAGCAACAGCAACCGCAGCAACCGCAUGAGCAGACGAGGAGGAGACAAAUGAUGAGUGGUUUAAUUAAUAAAAGUUUUGCUUCAGGAGGAGGAGUAGUGAUAAAAAAAAAUGAAAGUUUGUUUUCACAAAAUGCAACCGAUGUUUGUCUUGCUGCACCCACUCGUGCAGAUAUGGUUAUCGGAGAAAAUGGAUUCAAAAAAAAUAUACUAAGUGAUUUGCGUGAUUUAAAUAGCAUGAGUGAUUCAAGUAAUUUGUCACAAGAAGAGGAAACGAAUUUUCUAGAGCAAUUAAUUAAAUUAAGAUAUACACCAGAAUAUAUAUCGCAGCUAAGUGAUCUGUUUGAAAACCCAAGCACAUUAAAGAAAGCUAAUGUAAAAGUAUUGAAGUGGUUAGAUUAUCAGUUAAGUAAAGGAUAUUGGCUAGAGAGACUCUCCUUAUUUCUUCUAGGAUUAACUAUUGCUAUUGGAGUUGGAAAUAUUGAAACGUUUUGGUCGCUAAUGUCUACAUGGCAUGGAGUUAUAUUUGUACUUCCAUACAUCAUAUGUUAUUGUUUCGUUUGUCAUCCUAUCCUUACUUUUGAAUUGUACAUAGGACAACUUAUUCGAACGUCCUCUCCAUUUAUCUUUUAUCGACUCCUCAAGCAAUGUGCUUCUGUUGGCUUCUUAAUGGUUCUAACAUGCCUUAUUAAUGGUUAUAUAAAUACUUACAGGACAGCUGCUGAAUAUUUUAUUUAUUUAAUUAAUUCGUUUAAACGGGAUCUUCCAUGGAAACUAAACAAGGAGGAAAUAAAUUUCUGUACAAGCUUUAAAAAUGAUUUUAUAAAAUGUCACAAAUUCAGACCACUCUGUUUUUUUUCUAAAUCCAUCUCAUCCUGUGUCCCUAACAGCUUAGGAAAAGCGUUCCUCAUUUACCAGAACAAAUUUUUUCCACAUAAUUUUUUUUAUGACCGACUACUUCACAUUGAUGGCAGCCAAAAUUUCGCUCAUGUAUUUUCUAAUGGCACUUCCUACAUAGACAAGGACACCUUUAUCUUCCUUUUUGUGUGUAACUUUUUUGUAACUGUUUUUCAGCUCCUGGGAUUGACCAACUUUGCCUUCUCCUCGGCCCUGGUCCUGCUCCUCAUCGGCUUCCUCUCCAUCACGCAGUUCGCCACCAUGUUCAACUUGACCAGCGCCACGCAGGCCUACGUCUACGUCCUCAAGUCCUGGAAGUUCUCCUACCUGUACACCUACUCGUCCAUCUGGUCCCAGUGCGUGUCCUUCUCCCUCUACGAGCUGUCCAUCGGCAUGGGCAUAUACGCGUCCCUCGCGACCAAGACCAGGAUCGGGACGAACUUGGCCUUUGACGGUUACGCAAUCACGACGUGGAACUCCAUCAUCUCGUCCCUCAUGUUUUUCUCAGCAGUCUCCGUCAUCGGGUUCAUCGCGAACAGCAUCAACUCCAGCUUCGUGGACAUGUUGGAGUUUUCGAGGAAGGAUUGCUCCUUCAUUCUCUUCCCCGUGGGUUUCACAUACCUGCAGAAGAUGGAGAAAACCCUGUGCAUGCUGUACUACGGGUCUUACACCAUCCUGUCAUGUGCCUCGCUAGCCAUACAGUGUGAAGUCCUAGUCAUGACAAUACGGAAUUUCAAAUUUUCCAAGAACGUUCAUAAGAGAACCAUCAUUUUAACUCUGUCCUUCUUCUUCUUCCUGUCUUCCUUCUUCAUCUCGAACAAGGAUACAAAAAACAUCCUAUGGUUUUUGUCCCUCACCAUAUCGGAAAAUGCGCGCGUCUUUGUCUCCCUCUUAAUAUGCGUCAUUUUGGGUUGGCUGUACAACAUCGAUUUUCAGUGUCGCCAUCUGACCAGGAGGAGCGUCCUCUCAUUCAACUUGACCUACUGGACAUUGAACAUAUCAAUCAGCAUCCUCUUUAAUUACCUCCCCUACCAUGUAUACGUGCUGUACAUUGUGAGGCUAGGAAUAUUUGUGAUCAGCACCCUGCUUGCCAUAUGGGUGUUGAAGAAGGAAAUGAAAACGAAAAAGGGGGAGAAGAAGAAACACUUGAGCAAUCUUACUUACAAGCAAAUCCUGUACAUCCUGUACAUUGGAAAUAUCGAGGAGCUUAGGAAGGAGCUACAACGGAUCAUCAGCGGGAACGUCCUCAUGGGAAAUAUUUCCAUGGCGUGGUCUGUGUGCAUCAAGUACAUUGGAACGUCCAUUUUGCUUUCUGCCUUUAUUGAAUUUGCUGACGGGGUAUUUUAUAGCCACGAAUUGAAGGAGAAGAUGAAACUCAUUCCCCAGGGCUGGGUCGUCUUCGCGGUUCUCUUCUGGGUGUUCACGCUGCUGCUGCUCCUCCUUUUCCCGCUGUGCGUCACGGCUUUUGAAAAGUGGUGCGCCCACGAGGACUGCUUCGCGGACUUCGCCCUCCUCCCCUCGAAGCCCCUCAGGGAGAUCCACAACUUCAGCAUCCUCUCCUACUUCUGUGAAUUUACCGGAACGGACACCAAAAAGGGCAAGAGGCGCGCCCCAAAUGACCCAUCCUAA